AUGCCUAAUAUGGUACCCGGUUUCAAGAAACUUAAAGCCCGUCGUGCCUAUGCCAAAGAGCUCAGAAGCCAUGAGGAAGAAUUGAAAAAAGCCUACCAAGAGAUGCGAACUGUCGAUGAUCGAUUUAAGGGUGCCUCGACAUAUCCUACUGAACAAAAGACAUAUGCAGAAGAUAAGACGCAAGACUUGGGCGCUUCGACACCACAAGGCUGUUGA